GUCAAAGUCACGGCCGGAGAGCGGGCGCCAUCAUGGAGCCAGAUCCUGUGAAGCAGUCACCUCUGACACCAGAUGAGGGCACCCCCGACCUGGAGUGCGCCAUCUGCUUCAGCCAGUUCAACAAUGUCUUCCGCACGCCCAAGAUGCUGCAGUGCAAGCACACCUUCUGCCUGGAGUGCCUGGCGCGCAUGAACGUCAAGUCGGCGGAGCCGGACGCCAUCCAGUGCCCGCUCUGCCGCAGUGUCACUCCACUGCCCGUGCUGGGCCUCCCCAAGCUGGACAACAACCCCGCCAUCCUGUCCUACCUGCCUGAGGCCAUGCAGCGCGUCUACAGCGUUCGCUUCAACCGCAGCAGGGGCCGGCUGCAGGUGAAGCGGGCGCCCGAUGCGCACGCCUUGCCCCAGCUGCGGACCAUCAGCAACUCGCUGGACGUGGGGGUCCCGAACCGCCGCAGCUCCUCUGGCGGCGGCCAGGGCCGGGGCAUACUGCGGCUUUCCAACAAGCCCACCUGCCGGGCCCUCAUAAUGACCUCGGUGGUGCUGCUGCUGGUGCUGCUCACCUGCAUUAUCAUCUUCCUGCUGAAGUAGGGCUCUGCACCACACCAUGAGCCAUACCCCAAGUCUGAGCUCAGACUCGAUGCCUCCAGUUUAGAUGUUUUGUACAUGCUGAC